CGCGCGGGCCGCGGAGUCCCAGGAUCGUGGAGCAGGUGGCACAGCCCGUGCAGAGCACGGCCACGCCGACGUGGCGGAAUAUCGGUGCCUGUCCUGAGUUCCAGAAAGUUGUCUCCCGCAAAUGCCAGUGGCACCAUGAAGUCCAAUCCUGCCAUCCAAGCUGCCAUUGACCUCACCGCAGGAGCCGCAGGUAAUCCCAGAGCAAACUGCUCUCUGUGUUCUUCCAGCUUCUCAGCGGGACUGAAAGAAAGUGGUUUAAGAGCGUUCCUGUUGUCCUGUCAGGAGUGCUUCUGCCAGCAGGUGGUGCGGAAAGUGGUUGGAUUGGACAGGCAGACGAAGCUGAGUGAUCUGCAGAAUGCGGCCGCCGGGUCCUUUGCCUCUGCCUUUGCUGCCUUGGUGCUCUGCCCUACAGAACUCGUGAAGUGCCGGCUCCAGGCCAUGUUUGAGAUGGAGACAUCGGGAAAGAUAGCCAAAAGCCAGAAUACAGUUUGGUCUGUGGUGAAGAGCAUCCUUAAGAAAGAUGGUCCCUUGGGCUUCUACCAUGGCCUUUCAAGCACUCUACUUCGAGAAGUACCAGGCUAUUUCUUCUUCUUUGGUGGUUAUGAACUAAGCCGGUCAGGUUUUGCAUCGGGAAGAUCAAAAGAUGAAUUAGGCCCUGUGCCUUUGAUGCUAAGUGGCGGAAUUGGUGGAAUUUGCCUAUGGCUUGCUGUCUACCCAGUGGAUUGUAUCAAAUCUAGAAUUCAAGUCCUUUCCAUGUCUGGAAAGCAGGCAGGGUUUGUUGGAACCUUUCUUAGUGUUUUGAAAACCGAAGGAAUAACAGCCUUAUAUUCUGGAUUGAAACCUACUAUGAUUCGAGCAUUCCCUGCCAAUGGCUCACUAUUUUUGGCCUAUGAAUACAGCAGGAAGUUGAUGAUGAGCCAGUUGGAAGCCUACUGAAGUGUCCUGGUGGGUCUGGAUCCAAGCACAGGCAUUUAAGAACUACUGUUCAUCUCAGGGUUUCAUGGAGUAUGGUAACAAUGUGGAAUUACUUUCAUUUAUGGACGAUUUUGCUCAUCACUUCCCUUCUUGUACCCUACAUCUUAAAACUUUAUGGCAGAGCCUCUAUUUUACAUAAUAUAACUUGUGCCCAUGAUUGUACUACAAGAGAAAACUUGCUGCUUUUGUUGUCCUUGAUGAAAUAAACAUCUGGCUGGUAGCCUUA